AUGCCACAGUUUCCUAUCACGAAUGUGUGUGUGUGUGUAUGUGUAUGUGUGUGUGUCAGCGCGCACACAGUAUCUUUUCACAUCGCAGUCUCUCUGAAUCCAGCUCCUCGCUUCCUUCUCAUCACACAGACCUGCUGCUGUGUUGUUCUGUGUUUGGAAACGUGUAAGAAAUCUGGUCGAAGCUUGUGAAGAAUCAUACCGUUGGAUUGUCCAACAUGGGAAACGAGAUGAAAUCUGUCAUGCGCGUUUGGCUAAAAAUGUUCAUUUUGGGAUUCUUACAGGCAGCUUCCUAUGGAAACAUAUACGUAUCUAAGAAGAGCGUGGUCACGUUGCCUUGUGAUGUGAAACCACAGACACAAGUAGCAUGGAGCUAUAAGAAAGAUGUUUCUUCUGCAUACACCAACAUUGUCAAGAAUGUAGGAAGAAACACACUGUUUGGUACCACUCCAAUGAAAUCAAAAUCCAGAAUCCUCUCAAGUUCAGCCCUGCAGAUACAGGAUGUGGAGACAGGCUUCGCUGGUUUUUAUCAAUGCGAGAUCUCUGGUAUAAAGAAAGAGUACAACCUAUUGGUCGUUUCUGUGGUUCCAGAGCACCCCGGCCCCUACCUGCAGUCUUCCUCGUUGAAGCUGGACUGUUUGGUCAGUGGCAGCUCCGGUGAGAGGCCAGUGUGGCUCCAGCCUGGCAGUGAGGAAGUGUGGAGUUCAAGCAGCACUCUGGAGAUUGAAGAGUUAACAAUGAGACACAGCGGGACCUGGAGGUGCAGAGUGGGGUCCUUUAAACUGGAGCAGAAAGUGGAGGUGCUGGGUAUUCAAGCCGACCCUUCGUCUGGGAUGCUCUCUGUUAAGAAUGGGGGUUCAGUCUUCUUUCCUUGCGAGCUGAGCAGCAGCCUUACUGAACCCCAGUACCAGAGUGAGAGAGCGAUCUGGAGUCGCGUUACACAGGAAUCUCCCGCUGAACAGGAAAUCCUUGAACUAAACAAACCGAACAAAAGGCCGUUAUUGUCAUCCUCCAAGGGGAACAACUCCAUCAGCCUGAGCAAGGUCAGCCCUGUCGAUGCUGGGAGGUACACGUGCCUUGUGCAAAUCAACAGGGCUAAGAUGAGUAAAUCCUUCCAGUUAAACGUGCUGAGCGUCGAGUCCAGCGGAGGUAACGUUGUAUGCUGUCUGCACGGCAACGCAUCAGGAUUUCAAAUGGAAUGGAGCGACGCGGAGGGUCAGGCGAGAGACUUGCAGAUGCAGCAGGGCGAAAGCAAGACCACACUGACCCUCCCCAUGGCCCAGAUGAACUCAACAGCAUGGAAAUGCAACUUAUACCUGGGCAGCAAACUGCAAACUAGCAUCGACUACACACCGGGCACAGCAGUAGAUGACAGGAGCAGCAGCAACGUGGGCUUCAGAGGCUGGGUGGCAGCUGUUCUGAAGAUGGAGCUGUGGGUUCUGAUCUCAAUCUGUGUGGGCGGAGUCAUCCUGAUUGCUCUCGUUGGCGUUGUCAUCGGGCUGCUGGUGAGACGGCGCCACCUGAAGAGACUGACUCGAAGAAGAAGGUUGCAAAAACAACCAUUGACCCCGCGUCAGUACUGUCAAUGUCAACGCAAAAGAACAAAUAACGGAUCUCGCAGAAUGAACUCGUACCAGGAGGAAGACAGAGACUAUUAAUCUUCAACAAACUCUGAGAUUUUAAACAUGUUGCUUGUUUUCUUUACAGUUUGUGUUUAUUUUGUGUCUGCCCUUUAUUUUAGUGCUUUUAAGAAACCGGUUCUGAAUUCUUAACUGAUACUAUAGUGAAGUGAAUGGAGUAUAUUUUGGGGGCCACUGCACUUGUGGGACGGCUUGCUCGCUCACGCAUUAAAAUAUUUUACAUGUAUUUGAAGAGGAGACAAUUAUCAAUUCAGGGACACCAAGUUAAAGUGAGAAAGAAAGGAAGAAAAAAGAAAGCAAGGGGUCUGAGAAGCGGGGUAAAAAGGGGGUGAGCCACACAAAUAAAAAAACUUUUUGUUAGGUGGAAAUGCAUCACUUAACAUUUUUGCUUUUAAAGAACACAAAUAUGCUCCAUAGUGUUUUCGCUUGCUAUCUGCUCAGUGUAGUGACUGUUCUGGAAGAUUGUAAGUAAAUAUCCACAAUGUUAUUUUACAGGUGUACAUAGCUAUGGUCUACUGCUCUGAAAAAAAAAAAAGUGUAUUUUUUAAUUUAAAAAGUUGGGGUCUGCUAAUUCCGCUACUGGUGCAUUACUGCAAUAUUUUUAGAUGUGAUUUUUUACAUUUUUUUAUAUAUAACUGUCAAAUUAAGUACAUGAAAUACUUUUGGUACAUUGAAUGCUAUAUAUAGACACAUCACUCUCUCUCUCUCUCUCUCUCUCUCUCGUGAUUUCUGGAUGUUCUGAAGUGUUAAUACAGAACCAUACUUAUUCUUUGUUUACUUGUUAUGUGCUUAUACCACUGAAAAUAAAAACAUUAUAAUACAGCGUGUUUUAUUAUUAUUAUUAUUAUUAUUAUUAUUAUUAUUAUUAUUAUUAUUAUUAUUAUUAUCUGCAUUUUUGAUAUUUAGAAUAUUUCUGCCAAUACUGCAAUAGUAGUGUUCUAUCCCAAGGGCUCUCUUUAUCAUUGCUUUUUCUUUCCUAUUUUGACUUUUCGUAGGUUUUUCUGACUUCGUAGACCUACCAGGGAUGUAUUAAAGUCAUCUUCACUGCCGUAACCUAGUUUCAUCCCUGCUGCAGUAGUUUAGUUACGACUUCAUUUCAAACUACUUUUGUAUGCAAAUGUACGAAUCUCAUUAUUAUAUCGACGUUUUGCACUUACCGUUGAUGUAUUAUCAUUUUUUCCUUUGUGCCUGUUAUUUCACAUUAGUUCUCACUGCCAUAGAUUCAACAAGCUGUUUGUAUGUGAAAAAACUAUAUAUACACACAUGUACUGUAAGGCAGCAGGUUGAGUGAGACAGCAGGGAGGGGGUUAAAACCUCCCUGCGAGAGAAUGUACCUUUGUUUGUUUGUUUGCUUUAUUGUUUCAUUUAAUUUGCUAAUUGUGUUAUUGUUUAAUUUAAUUGUUUGUUAAUUGUUUUAUUAAUAAUGAUCCCCUGCACCUGGCUAUUAUUGUAAAUUAGAGCCAGGUGCAGGGUAUUUAAAGAGAACAGUCAGUGUGCUCGAGGCUGCUGAGGAGAAGGAGGCAGAAAGGAGUGCUCUGCUUCCUGGCAGUCGUAAAGUAAGGUAAAAGUGUGCUGUGUUAAACCUGCGUAGGUAGUGUUGGCAGGCAAACGGCUUAGCCGUCCUGCUAGUUAGUGAGGGAAAAACUUGUGUAGUAAGCACUCCAAACAGAGUCAGGUUUUGUUUUGUGUGUUUUGUUUUCAUUUUGUGUUCAUUAAAGUAUAGCGCAACCACGCUUAAAAUCAA